AUGAUAGUUCUUUCAUGGAACAUUAGGGGUCUUAAUGACCCUGGGAAGGUGGCUUCUGUUAGAAAGCUACUUUCUGAUCAGAAGUGUGAUGUUCUUUGCCUUAUUGAGACUAAAGAUAGGCUAUCUCUAUGGGCUGGUCUUAGGCAGUUGACUGGUAUCUCUGGAACCUGGUUAUGUGCUGGUGACUUUAACUCUACCCUAUGUUGUGAAGAUAGAAUUAAUGGGGCUGUGGUUACUGAUUAUGAAACCAGGAAUUUUCAGAACUUUAUUGAUGAUUUGGCUUUGACUAAAAUUAAGAGUAAGGGUUCCUUUUUCUCUUGGUGUAACAAAGCUCAUAAUGGUCCUAGGACUUAUUCUAGAAUUGAUAGAGGUAUUGUUAACCAGGACUGGAUGGAUACUUAUGGGCAUGUUGAAGCUAUUUAUUUGCCCCCCUAUCUCUCUGAUCACAACCCUAUUCUCUUUGAUAUCAUUCAUUCUCAGCCUGGCAAAGGGAGACCUUUUAGGUUUCUUAACUAUCUUGCUGAUCAUGAAAGUUUUCUAGAUAUUGUGGAUUCUGCUUGGCAAUGUUCUGUUCCUGGUAAUGCAAUGCAUAAGGUUUGGUCUAAGCUUAAACAAGUUAAGACUGCUCUUAAGGCUAUGAACAUUGAGAAAUUUGGUAAUGUGUCUGAGAAGGUUGAAGCUGCUCAGAAUGCUCUAACUUACAUUCAGCAGCAAAUUAUACAUGAUGUUUAA